AUGAGACUGGCUAUAGAGGAAGUAAAAACAGGUUCCUUAUUACGUAAAACAGCAGAGAAAUAUGGAGUACCAGUAAUGACUCUUCACGAUCAUGUAAAAAAGGGCCCUGAAUAUAAACCCAGACUGGGAGGGAAGCCUGUAUUUACUACAGAGCAAGAAGCGGAGAUCCGGGAUGAGCUAAUUAAGUUAUCCAAAAUGUUUUAUGGGUUAACACUACAAGCAUUGCGAAGAAGCGUUUAUCGGUAUGCUGAGAGAAAUAAAAUGAAGCAUCCAUUUAACAGAGGGAAGGAAGAAGCAGGAAAAGUUUGGUUUUAUGGUUUCCUUAAACGAAAUCCAGAAAUCAGUGUCCGAGUACCUGAAGCUACUAGCGUGAGUAGGAUCACUGCUUUCAAUCAGACUGAAAUGGAGUUAUUUUUUAAGAAUUUGAUUCACUUGCUUGAAAAAAAUACCAUACCACCGAAUAGAAUUUUUAAUGUCGACGAAGUGGGCAUUACAACUGUCCAUAAGCCAGGCAAAAUACUUGCCCCCAAGGGCCACAAACAAGUUGGUGCUGCUACAAGUUGGGAAAGGGGCAAGAACGUCACAGUCUGCUGUUGUAUGAGCGCUACAGGACAAUUCAUUCCGCCGCUAUUCAUUUCCCCGCGCAUUCGAAUGACGUCAGCGUUAGAAAGAGGUGGCCCUGCAGGUUCAAUAUACAGGUGCUCAAAAUCAGAAUGGAUGGUCGAGGAACUGUUCUUGGAUUGGCUGAAGCACUUUGUUGAACAUACAAAGCCAACUUUGGAGGAUGUCAUCCUCCUCAUACUGGAUAAUCUCGUGAGCCACAUAUCAUUAGAUAUUUACGAAUUUUGUCGUCAAAAAGGCGUGCUGAUGCUUUCAUUGCCGCCUCAUACAUCGCACCGAACUCAGCCACUUGACCUAACAUUUUUUGGACCGCUAAAGCUGCAAUAUCACAAAGAAUGUGAUCUGUACAUGAAAACCAAUAACUAUGGAAAGUUGACAUCUUAUGACAUUGCGCCUCUUUUUAACAAGGUAUAUUUAAAAGUUGCUAUUCCAGAAAAAGCAGUCAACGGAUUUGCAGCCGCUGGAAUUUGGCCUGUAAAUCCUGAUAAGUUCACUGAUCAGUACGCUGCUCCUAUAGCUAUGCUUCACACUGAUCAAUGCGUAACGGAAAGACUCAGCGGAGAAAUUAUAGAACCAUUACCCUCAACUAGUGGAACCGCAAAACAAACACUACAAGACCUAAAAGAACCAGAGGCUCCCGAAAAAGGCUUAGAGGAUGCCCAUGUUUUUUUUUUGUGA